AUGAAGGAAUGGAUCUCACCAAUCUACACAUUUUUUGACCCUACACCUGCUAUAGAGUCCAUUGACAGUCGUCGUGCACAUUCCUUCAAGUGCAUGGCUAAGGGAUGCAAGGUUGGAAUUUGCCACUUCCUCAACAAAAAAGAUGUGCGAUCCAUGGGAAAUAUGCAAAAACACGACAAGUCCUGCUUGGGUGAUGAUGUAUUGCAAGCUGCUAAUGAAGCCAGGAAUGCAGACAAAGUUCAGACCAAGAUCGUCACUGGCUUUCUGAAAGAUAGAUCAAUUACAACCACAUUCAAACAAAAAGGCAAGGGAAGAGCUGAACUUGUUCAUUGGGUUGCAGAAAGCCUACAACCAUUCGACAUUGUCAAUGACAGGGGAUUUCAGUCACUCAUGAAGACAGGGAGACCGGAAUACUACAUACCAUCUCCAUCAACUGUCUUGUGCAAUGUCAGAUUGGUCUUUGAAUACAAGGGCAAACUCAAUUUUAUGACAGAUGGAUGGUCAUCUCCAAACCACUGUGCCCUUGUAGCAUUCUCGGUGCAUCUUGAACAGAAAGGCAUACCUCUAAGUUUACCAUUAGACAUUAUUGAGGUGCUGAGAGUAAGAUAUCACUUUGACUUAUACCUACUAUCCAUCCAACCUUUAAUGAACUUCCUUCGACUUUGA